UCCUCCGCUAGCAUCAUAGACUGUGAGGUUAGCAUCCUGUUAGCAUUUAGCUAACCGUUAGUAGUGUUUACGCGAUAUCGAAAGAUGGCUGGAGACCUGAAAGGCUUCGCGCUGGAGAAAGCCGAGCUGCUUUCCACCCAUUUGAGGGAGGCCCUGUCGCUGGGUAAUGAAUAUGUUCGGGCCCAGUUCGGAAUAGAUUUGGACCUGAAGCCUGAGCAGUACCCGACGUGGGUCAUCCUGUCCACGGCCGCUGUGGGGGUGCUGGUGUUACUCAGCCUGUCCUGGGCCGCUCUCUGUGGCCGGCUGCUGGUCAGGAAACAGCGGGGAUCCCCGAUCACCCAGGGCGGCGCUGAGCCCGACAAGGCCAGUGUGGCUAAACCUGCCAAACCAGAGGAGCAGAAGAAGAGGAGCAAGAAGAAAAUACCCGAAAAGAGGACUCAAUCCAAUGGACAACCAGUGACUGGAGCCCAGGAGGAAGUUAAAGUGGCCGAGCCCGUUUCUAAGCCCGCCCCGCUGAUCAAAACCGAGAAGGUUCAAGUGGUACUGGCUCCAGCUCAGGUGAAAAAGAACAAAAAGAAAACUAAGGUGGAUGUGAAACCAGUCCAGCAUGUGUCUACGAGUGUUGGAAAGGAGCCUGAUGAUGGUGCAUGGGAGACCAAAGUCAGUAACCGAGAAAAGAAGCAGCAGCGAAGGAAGGACAAGGGCCCAGAGGACUCUGGUAGCCCUGGAGGGGUGGAUGCCUUAAAGACCAAUGUGGAGGCCCCUGUAGCAACAGCACCUACCAACACCAAGAAGAGCAAAGGACACAACGAGUCAUUGCAUUCAAGAACAACUGGAAAGGGGGAUGCGCCCAGUGGAGCUGUGCCUUCAAGCUGGAGAGAGGAGCCUUCAGUGAAUGGCGGAGGUUGGACUGACAUUUCUUUGAUCCCAGGUCAGAUGGGUGCGAUGGAGGGAGCCAAGUGGAGCGCCAUCCCAGCGACUGCACACUACAGAGCCCCACCUAAGCGCCAGUCCUGGGCCCAGGAGACCCAAGCAGCAUGGAGUGGCAUCGAUGGCCGGAUGAAGACUGACCUCAACCCUGUGACCUUUUCCAUGCUGGGACGAAACACCACAGACCCAAUAUCAAAUUCAAUUGAGCUUCAGUGGGCAAGCAGCCCAGAUGUUGACGAUGAAUGGUCUGGAUCCAAUGGGACUGCAUCAGCGGACCCCAGCUCUGACUGGAAUGCUCCAGCCGAGCAUUGGGGAAACUACGAGGAGCCUCCUGUGUUGCUGACAUCAGCACCUCCACCAAAGGAACAGCCUGCCUCACACAAGGUAUCGGAGGAUGAGAAGGAUACUGAGGACCCCUCUGACGGGGCAGCCAAGUCAAAGAAGAAGAGGAAAAAGAAGAAGAAAACAGAGGAGGAGUCUGCCCCUGAGGCCCAGACGCUAAGCACAGCGCCCCUGGUCGAUACAGUGGUGAAACCCCAAGAGCUGCCUGUGCUGGCUUCAAAGAAGCAGAAUCCAAGCAUAUCCUCCUCUCAGAAGAAGUCUGAGCCGACUGUGGAGCCUCCGAAGCCUGCCCAGAAGAAGAAGGCCCGAAGGGAAACAUGAAGUCUCAUGACAGGUCCAGACAGAGCAUAUGCAAAUGAUUGUUAACUGUGUCACAUGCAAUAACUACCAGGUACAGAGCGUCUUUCAGAGAUACAUCAACGGUUUAUCAGUUCAUGAAACAAAGAGAAAACAAGCAGUGGAUAAUAUCUGCUUGACUUAACAAAGAGAUGAAAUGUGGUCCUAUGGACUGAAAACUUAACUAAUUUGCACUAUUUGCUACUCUGCAACCAGGUUGGAGUUUAGGGGAAGUGGUGGCAGUGAAGGUACAUGUUCAUUUAAUAAAUAUUAUUUUUAUCACAAGUGUUUUUUUUCCACCCAUUGUUUAACUUGUGGUAUUAUAAGUUUAACUGUGGUAAACCUGAAAAUCCAUCACAGUUUUUUUUUUACUAUGAAAACAAAUGCCACAAGAAAAACAAACAUAUUUAUUCCCCAGACAAAUGCACUCUGUAUUUUCCCCACAUGCCCAUAACACCACAAAUAUUAACGAUUGAAUUACGUCAGCGUAAGCUACAUUUUACGGCUGGUCUUGAAAAGAAUUGGUUCUGAUUUUCUUGUAAUCUAUCUCAGUACAGAAUCACAAGCCUGCACUUAACAUCUUCGGAAAAUGGGCUUAAAAUAGUCCAAAUGCAUUCAUGAUAAACUUAAGAGCUCAUUAAGCAUCCAGAAAAAAAUCUGAGUAAAAAUGAACUUUUCUCCUACAGAUCAAAGGCAGCUCAUUUUUCUGUUGAGACCAUUCAUCUUAACUUUGUAGACAUGAUGCAUGUCAUUUUGAUCAGCUUCUUUCUGGCUUCACACAAAGUAAUGACACAUUGACUAUUAGCAUUGUUCACCCCUUUAUAAAAUGUUUGAGCCACCUGUGUAAGAAUCUUAGGUGGAAAUAGAGACCCCCUUUUUUUAAAAUUAUUACUUUCAGAUGAUAAAAAUAGUGAUAGCUUACAAAGUGCUUUGUUAUCCAUAUUAUAGUAAGCAGGUAGAAUACACAAUGCGUUGAUUAGAAAACUGAAUUUGCUCAGCAGAAGCUCGAUAACCACAGCCAAUAUUAGACAUCAAUGAUGAGUACUAAAUUCCUACAGCGAAAAAAUAAAUGUCAGUAACACUCGUCUUUAACCAUUCUUACACAUUGCUCACGCUUGCUUGAAAUAGCUGAAUAGCUGCUGUGUGACUGUUCUUAUGAUUGGCUUGUGGAAUCAGUUUAAAUCUCAUAAUUAAUGUUCAAGAAUGACAAUGCCCAGGUCAAACCCAACAUGAGGAAACGUUUCAAAAACUUAAAUGUCAAUAUUUCAAAAGUAGUUUGAAGCCUAUUUCUGAGAUCUUUAAAUGUUAAUUAUUGUAUAUGAAGACCCGCCGCCCCCCACCUUUUCCAUCCACAAAGUGCAACUACAAUGACGGAAACAGGUCGCAAAAAUCUGCAGUGUUAGCCAAAUCCAUCACUUUUCUCCAACCUCUUUUUUUGUGUCCCCACACACGUCUUAGUCUCAUACAUAGUUUUGUUGCCAUAUCAAAACCAUAAAAAUAAAUCAACAUUUCACCCCACAAAACAAAGACAGGCUCUUGAAAAUGCUAUCCCUGACUGCUGAAGCCUUGUAUUCAAUUUGGAACAUUGUAAAUUGAUUUAAUGCCCUAUUUAUUACAUUUACAGUGUAAUCACUUUACUACAGAAUCACCAUAAAGUUAGUUUGGGAAACACAAAUGAUCAACAGUGACCUUUAACUUUAUCAGAAUACAAAUGAAAUGUGAACUUCAUCCAUUACCUAUCUGUAGUGGCAGCUGUUGUCAUGGUGAAUUCUAAUUAAAUCAGAACAGCGCAGUUUGAAGUGUCUUGAAGACAGAAUCUUCUCAGUCUUUUUCCUACAGUUUAAACCACCACUUGACUGUCCAUUCGGUGAUGGGUUGUUCCAAAGAGUUGUAGUUUUGACCAAAUAUUGUUAAAUGCACUGCAGUCUGAGGGUCAGAGCCGGCUUGAAAACACAACAAGAAGUGUUUUUUAGAAAGUUUGUUAAACUUAUGAAGUCACUGUCACACCAACAGCUGAAAAGACACAAUUCCGUCUGAUAUCUAAUUCAAAGAUGUCCAUAUUAAAGUUUGAAAUGUGGGCCAUUCUGAACAGAUUCUGGCUUUACUUUGGGGACUGUUGCUAACGGUUAUGUAGAGAGCACAGUAUCUAGUAUGAACCACCAGGGGGCACUGUAAUUUGAAGUAAAGAUGGAGUGGGUUAAUCCCAUAAAUCAGUAGCACUGAUCUUUUGUCUCUCCACUUUUAUCAUUCUGAGUGCAUCUGUUUUUACCUGACUAAACUGUGCUUUGAUUUUCUAGAGACUUAACUGUCCCUUUUUUUUUGCAAUCUAUGAAUUGUAUUUUUUUUUUUAACAGCAUUUUCUUCCAGUUUCUGUGCUAGAAAAGCCAUGCCAUAUGUACAGAUUGUAAGGGCUUUUUCCAGUUCUGUGAUUGCACUGUGCAAAAGGCAGCAAGGAGUUCCUUUUGAUGUCAAUGACUUGUUUUGUACUACCUUUUUUUUGGAAUGUGAAAUGUGUAACUUUUUGAGGUUUGCACCUGAGUUCCAGACUUUAUGAUUUCGGGGCACGGGGGGAUGUUUGGGGUUAACAAUGAAAACAUAGAAAUAUGAUAAGGAGCAGCUUUAAUUUUACAUCAGAGUUGGUUUAAAACAAGACACACACAUAAACGAUUACACAUAUUUAACAUAUAUUAAACGGAAUCUAAUUCCAUUGCCUUAACCUGUAGUUGUAUAGAAAGUACAUUGGCAUCUUUUUUUUUUUUUUUUUUAGAGUUUCCAUCCAGUUGCAAGUUUUGAUGUCAGAAAGUAAUUUCAUCUUGCAUGUCUUUGAUAAUAGUACUUGUGUACAUGAAAUAAGAACGAUCUCUUGCUUUAUCUGUAAGUACUUGUUCCUGGAGUACACCUUAGUGUAUAUACUGUACUAGCUUUUUAAUGAGACAAACUGCAGCUCUUUCUGUGCGCCUCGGAUGGAGCGGACAGUAACAGGAUUGUGUUUUUAGGCAAAGAGUCUUAGAGCAUCAACAUGUUGAUCAGAUGGUAUUGAUACAUAGUGUUUGGUAGACCUGAUAGGACAAAAUGAUAUGUCGCUGUGGCUUCAGGCAACCUUUUUUUUGUUUUUGUUAAAUUUUUACUGAUGAUUAAAAUCCAAUCAAUGUAUUUAUAUACUUGUCUCUAGAAAGCAGUUAUGUGAAUGAUUUUGUUUAUUGAGAAGAUAUAAAUAAAAUUUCUAUGUUUGUUUGGUAAAGAUGAAAAAUAAAUAAGAAUUGCUUGAUAUCAA